CGCGCGCGCGCAGAUAUCUCCACGGGCUGCUUUCUUCCGCGCUCUACUACUAGUAACACCUGGUUACCAGGGCAGCACUACUAACUAGUUGCCUGCGCAAUUAUGGGAUGGAUUGCCAUGGCAACAGACCAGACGUCACGAGCUGGAUCUGGGCAUGUGUGUUCCAUUUUCGUCUCUUAUUUUCAGAGCCGAGGAUUUUUGGAUAGACGAGGAGGAGGAAGAGGAGCGACUCCAGACCUCCAGAGAUUUAUUUCUGUUUUUUAGUAAAAAAAAAAAAAAAAAAUAGUGUAAUAAUAUACAAUUAUAUAUAAAUGUAAAAAAAAAAAUCCCCAGUUUUAUUUCAUUUUUUCUAGUCUUCAUCUAGUCCUUCGUUGCUUAACCGGGAGUUUGCACGACUUUUUCCUUUUUUUUCCCCCUCUAACCCCCCUCCCUCCAGGACGCACGGAUGUAAUUUUUGUGCGUGAGGGCGCGCGCGCGUGUGUGUGCAUGCGUGUGUAUGCGUGUGCGUGUGUUAUGCGGUGAAGAUGCCCGGAUCGCUGAGCAACGAGGAAGAGGGCCAAGACGAUUUGGAUUUUGAAGACGACGUGCCAGAUGAGGAUGAGGAGCCGGAACACGUCCGUGUGCCUCUCUCACCUCUGGAACACUUCUUCUCGGACGAUGAUUCGAUCAAGCAGAAGAAAAAGAAAGCCAGCAAGCAGAAAGAAGGCAAGAUGCCUAAAGUGAAAAAGAAGAAGAAGGAGGGCGUCUCCAGCGAGCAUGAGGAUGUGUCAGACAGGGAGGACCAGCGCUCCGGGAGUGAGAGCAGCAGCUACGGGAUGCUAAAGAAGAAAAAGAAGAAGCCGAGAGAAAAGAAGGAGAAGAAGGGGAAGUGGAGGAAGAAGGACGAUGACGAUGAUGAUGAUGAUGACGAUGGAAAUAUGAAGGAACCCAAAUCUUCAAGUCAGCUGAUGGAGGAGUGGGGUCUCGAGGACGUCCAAUACGCGUUCUCUGAGGACGAUUACAAAACCAUCACCAAUUACAAGGCCUUCAGCCAGUUUCUCAGGCCUCUCAUCGCCAAGAAAAACCCCAAAAUCCCAAUGUCCAAGAUGAUGACGGUAUUAGGCGCUAAAUGGCGCGAGUUCAGCGCCAACAACCCUUUUAAAGGCAGUUCGGCGACAGCCGUAGCUGCCGCAGUGGCAGCCGCAGUGGAAACGGUCAACAUCACUCCUUCCAUCUCCAUCAGCAGCGUCCAACAGCUCUCUCCCAUGGGGCAGGUCAAAAAAGCCAAAACCAAAGAGGGCAAGGGGCCGAGUGCAAGGAAGAAGAGCAAGCAGCCAAAGGACACGAAAAAGAAAGCAAAAGCCAAGAAGCCCAAAUUGAAAGCAGGCCAGAGCAGCAAGAGGAAAAAACCCUCCUCUAGCGAGGAUGAUUUCUUAGACGAUUUCUCUGACUUCGAUGACAUCAGCAUUCACAGUGCCUCCGUUCGCUCCGACGCCUCGGGGGUGCCCAAGAAGAAAAUAAAACGAGGACGCAAAAAGAGGAAAAGAGAGGAUGGAGACGGCUACGAGACGGACCAUCAGGACUAUUGUGAGGUGUGCCAGCAGGGCGGUGAGAUCAUUCUUUGUGACACCUGCCCCCGAGCUUAUCACCUUGUGUGUCUCGAGCCCGAGCUGGAGAAAGCCCCCGAGGGCAGAUGGAGCUGCCCUCACUGCGAGAAGGAGGGAAUUCAGUGGGAAGCGAAGGAUGAGGACGAGGAGGAAGAGGAGGCUGCAGGAGAGGAAGAGGACGACCACAUGGAGUUCUGCAGAGUGUGUAAAGACGGUGGAGAGCUGCUGUGCUGUGACACAUGCCCUUCCUCCUACCACAUCCACUGCCUGAACCCUCCUCUGCCCGAGAUCCCUAACGGAGAGUGGCUGUGCCCGCGCUGCAUGUGUCCCCCUCUUAAAGGGAAAGUUCAAAAGAUUCUGCACUGGAUGUGGGGGGAUCCACCUCUACCCCCCGAACCUCUCCCUACUCAGGAUGGUAAGAAGGAUGAUAUACCGGUCAAACCUCCUCUAAAGGGUCGUCCUGAAAGGCUGCUGUUUGUGAAGUGGGCGGGGCUGUCGUACUGGCACUGUUCCUGGGUCAGCGAGCUACAGUUGGAGCUUUAUCACACAGUCAUGUACAGGAACUACCAGCGGAAGAACGACAUGGACGAACCUCCGCCCUUCGACUACGGCUCAGGUGAAGAGGAGCUGAACAACGAGAAGAGGAAGAGCAAAGACCCGCAGUAUGCUGCUAUGGAGGAGCGUUUCUAUCGCUAUGGGAUUAAACCUGAAUGGCUAAUCAUCCACCGGAUCCUCAACCACAGUUUUGACAAAGAUGGAGAUAUUCACUAUUUGAUCAAGUGGAGAGAUUUACCGUACGACCAGUGCACCUGGGAGAUCGACGACUUCGACGUACCCGAAUACGACAGCUUUAAACACGCCUACUGGGACCAUCGAGAGCAAAUGCUGGGUGAAGAUCAUCGUCCCCUAGUGGUGAGAAAAGGAAAAAGACUGAAAGAGGAGUUGAAGAGGCGGGAAGCUCCUCCUGAGACCCCAGUUGUGGAUCCCACUGUUAAAUUCGACCAACAGCCGUGGUUCAUCGAUGCUACAGGAGGAACCCUGCACCCAUACCAGCUAGAGGGUCUGAACUGGCUACGUUUCUCCUGGGCACAGGGAACCGAUACCAUCCUGGCUGAUGAAAUGGGACUGGGCAAGACAGUGCAGACGAUCGUGUUCCUGUACUCGCUCUACAAAGAGGGUCAUUCAAAAGGUCCGUUCCUGGUCAGCGCUCCAUUGUCCACUAUCAUAAACUGGGAGCGGGAAUUUGAGAUGUGGGCUCCGGAUUUUUAUGUAGUGACCUACACGGGCGAUAAAGACAGCCGGGCGGUGAUACGAGAGAACGAGUUCACAUUUGAAGAUAGCGCUGUCAAAUCAGGACGCAAAGUCUUCCGUAUGAAGAAAGAUACACCUGUGAAGUUCCACGUGCUGUUAACCUCAUAUGAGCUGAUCACCAUUGAUCAGGCUAUUCUAGGCUCCAUUGCGUGGGCAUGUUUGGUCGUGGAUGAAGCCCAUAGAUUGAAAAACAACCAAUCUAAGUUUUUCAGAAUUCUGAAUGGCUACAAGAUUUACUACAAGCUGCUCCUAACCGGCACGCCCCUGCAGAACAAUCUGGAAGAGUUAUUCCACCUGCUGAAUUUCCUCACUCCAGAGCGCUUCAAUAAUCUGGACGGCUUUCUCGAAGAGUUUGCUGAUAUUUCUAAAGAAGAUCAGAUUAAGAAGCUGCAUGACCUGUUGGGGCCUCACAUGCUGCGGAGGCUGAAGGCUGACGUCUUCAAGAACAUGCCAGCCAAAACGGAGCUAAUUGUGCGCGUAGAGCUCAGCCCUAUGCAGAAAAAAUACUACAAGUUCAUCCUGACACGGAACUUUGAGGCUCUGAAUUCGAAAGGAGGUGGAAAUCAGGUGUCUCUUCUCAACAUCAUGAUGGACCUGAAGAAAUGCUGCAACCACCCCUACCUGUUCCCAGUGGCAGCUGUGGAAGCCCCAGUGUUACCAAACGGGUCGUACGAUGGGAACCUGCUGGUGAAGUCCUCAGGGAAACUUACUCUGCUUCAGAAAAUGCUCAAGAAGCUCAAAGAUGACGGACAUCGCGUCCUUAUUUUCUCGCAGAUGACAAAGAUGCUGGACCUGUUAGAGGACUUCCUAGAGUUUGAAGGCUAUAAAUAUGAGCGUAUUGAUGGCGGGAUAACCGGAGGACUGCGGCAGGAGGCCAUCGAUCGCUUCAACGCUCCGGGAGCGCAGCAGUUCUGUUUCCUACUGUCUACUCGUGCUGGGGGAUUGGGAAUCAAUCUAGCAACUGCUGACACGGUCAUUAUCUACGACUCUGACUGGAACCCACAUAAUGACAUUCAGGCGUUCAGCCGAGCGCAUCGUAUUGGACAGAAUAAGAAAGUGAUGAUCUAUCGCUUUGUGACGCGGGCGUCAGUGGAGGAGCGGAUUACCCAGGUGGCCAAGCGCAAGAUGAUGCUCACACAUCUGGUGGUGCGUCCAGGCCUGGGCUCCAAAACAGGAUCCAUGUCCAAGCAGGAGCUGGAUGACAUCCUGAAGUUUGGCACAGAGGAGCUUUUUAAAGAUGAUGUGGAAGCUAUUGGCGACAGUAAGGAAGGAGAGGAAGGCAAUGUGAUCCACUACGAUGAUAAUGCCAUCUCCAAGCUGCUGGACCGCAGUCAGGACGCCACUGAGGACACUGAGAUCCAGAACAUGAACGAGUACCUCAGCUCCUUUAAGGUGGCCCAGUAUGUGGUGCGGGAGGAGGACGGAGAGGAGGAGGUGCAGAGGGAGAUCAUUAAACAAGAGGAGAACGUGGAUCCCGACUACUGGGAGAAACUCCUGCGGCAUCAUUACGAGCAGCAGCAGGAGGAUUUGGCACGCAAUCUGGGGAAGGGCAAGCGCAUCCGCAAGCAGGUCAACUAUAACGACACGUCUCAGGAGGACCAAGAAUGGCAGGACGACCUUUCAGACAAUCAGUCAGAAUACUCGGUGGGAUCCGAGGAUGAGGAUGAAGAUUUCGAGGAGAGACCUGAAGGGGGACGGCGACAGUCUCGCAGGCAGCUGAAGAGCGACCGGGACAAACCGCUGCCUCCACUGCUAGCUAGAGUAGGAGGAAACAUAGAGGUACUUGGUUUUAACGCACGCCAGAGAAAGGCCUUCCUGAACGCUAUCAUGCGCUGGGGUAUGCCUCCUCAAGACGCCUUCAACUCCCAUUGGCUGGUCCGGGACCUGAAGGGGAAAACCGAAAAAGAGUUCAGAGCGUAUGUUUCGCUGUUCAUGAGGCACCUGUGUGAGCCGGGAGCGGACGGCGCGGAGACAUUUGCGGAUGGCGUGCCCAGAGAGGGUCUCUCUCGGCAACACGUCCUUACCCGGAUCGGAGUUAUGUCUCUUGUGAGGAAAAAGGUUCAGGAGUUUGAGCAUGUAAAUGGCAAAUACAGCACUCCAGAUUUGAUUCCUGCAGGCCUGGAGCUGAAGAAGCUCACAGAGAGUCUCUCCUCAGACCCAAACACCCCUGUACCAGCCAGUCCUGCUCCGACUCAGCCCAGCACCCCAGUACCAUCAGACAAACCUGAAAGUGGUCCCGUUCCUCCAGAAGAUAAAGACAGUGCUGAGCAUGAGAACAUGAAAGCAGCUGAGUCUGAGACAUGCAAAGAAUCCGAGUCCUGUCUUCAAAAGACGCGCGAGAGUGAAGAACUAAAAAGCAGUGGCGCUGAGCAGAAAUCAAACGAAGACUGCGAGAAAAAAGAUGACUCGUCUCCCGAAAUGGAUCCUUUGACCAACCAAACGCAAACAGUGGGCAAGCAGAACGAAAUGUCAGCCAAUCAAACGUCGCCAACAGGACAGCAAAGUAAAGACUUGGAGAACCCCGUGGAGAAAACGGAAAAAGAUGCUUCUUCUGCCGUGAAGUUGGAGGACAAAGAACCAAAACAUGCUGCUCCCCAUGAGCCCAAAUCGGAGGAUGUCACUGAGAGUCAGCUGAACGGAGAGAAAGAAACAAGGGACGAGGUGGAUGAGAACCAAAAAGAUGAAAAGAAUGGCGCUAAGGCACGCUUCAUGUUCAACAUCGCAGACGGAGGCUUUACAGAGUUACACACUCUAUGGCAAAAUGAAGAACGUGUCGCUGUGUCAUCCGGUAAGAUGUACGACAUCUGGCACCGGCGCCAUGACUACUGGCUUUUGGCUGGCAUCGUAACUCACGGCUAUGCGCGCUGGCAGGACAUCCAGAACGACCCGCGCUAUGCCAUACUCAAUGAGCCCUUCAAGACUGAGAUGAACAAAGGCAACUACCUGGAGAUGAAAAACAAGUUCCUGGCACGGAGGUUCAAGCUGUUGGAGCAGGCUCUUGUGAUUGAAGAGCAGUUAAGGCGGGCAGCUUACCUGAACAUGACGCAGGAUUCCACACACCCAGCCAUGGCUCUUAACACACGUUUUGCUGAGGUUGAGUGUCUAGCCGAGUCACAUCAGCACCUCUCUAAAGAGUCUCUGGCAGGAAACAAACCGGCUAAUGCCGUACUACACAAAGUGCUGAAUCAGCUGGAGGAACUGCUGAGUGAUAUGAAGGCGGACGUGACAAGGUUGCCAUCCAUGCUCUCCCGAAUCCCUCCUGUAUCCGCUCGGCUCCACAUGUCUGAGAGGAGCAUCCUGAGUAGGCUUACCAACCGUGAGCCUCAGCCUCAGCAGCCUUUCCCACAGGGAUCUUUUGCCUGUUCUUCAAUGUACAGCAACAGUUUUGGUGGAGGAUUUCGAGGUCCUCCUGGAGCUGCCAUGGUUAACUACAGCCAGAUGCCGCUGGGGCCGUACGUUAGUGUGUCCUCAAAUGGUCCCCCAGCACCAAGCAGCCACAUGGACAAGAAGUCCAGUGAGGUUUUGAGAGACAUGUCUCCACCCGACCUCAAAUCCAGCAAACCCUCGGACGUCAUCUGCAUCGAAGACUAGCCCUGAUCCUAAUCAGUUCUCUUUCUCUCUCUUAGAUAAAAUCGAACAUUAUUGUGGAACAUUCCCUUGACUAUACAGAUAAAACUACUCUUAUGAAUUGCACUUUGUCUCUCGCGUGUGCGCUUGUGAGUUGAUCAGUAUUCCUCUGCUUCUGUUUUUUUCGUUUAAUUUCUGUGGUCUAUGGAAAGAGAGAGAGAGAGAGAGAGAGAGAGAGAUCUGAGGAUAGUGUGAAACAAGGAUGCUCUUUUCCUUUUGUGGAUCUUUAAAAACUGUUGUUUCUGGAAUUUUUGAGACGCUAUCUUUUUUCCCCUCCAACACCAGAAACUUUUACUGGUGCCUGAAUGUGAGCAACAUCUAGAGGCUCUUCUUGUGUACUGCACCUGGAAGAAUUAAGAUGGUCAUGUGACCCUAAUGCUAGUUAUGUAUGAUGCUGCUUGCACUGCACUGUAUAGUGGUUAAAGGCAUUUUUGGAGAUGAUGGGAUAUAAAAUGGAUAUAACCCCCGUUUUAUGUGCACUAUAACAGUUUUUGAGUGCAUCAUAAGAAUUAUUCAGCCAUAACAAGGAAUUAUUAAUGUUACAUCCACAGUCCUGUCAGGAUUUUUUUUAUUGUUUUUGCUUAACAGCAUCAUAUAAAUGAAAAUGUUACUUGGUGAUAUGAACAUAAAUAUUUAAUCAUAAGCAAGGAUCCUGACAGGAGCUGAAUUUCUUAUUCAUUAACUAUAAAAUAUCUGCAGCACUUUUGUCAUAUUUAAGGAUUUCUGAUUCCCGGGAACAUUGGUUCUGCAGUAUUAUGAGCGUAUAUUAUAACAGUUAAUUAGGAUUUGUUUUUCUUUAUUUGGCUGUACAAGUGUUAAAUCAAGUUUUGAAUAAGCUGGGGUCAUAUUACAGAAAAAAAAAAAGAAACGUCCUAGAUUAGAAUCUUCGAUAAGGUUGAGUUUUUCCCCUCAUGCGAACUUGUUUAAUUUUGCAGUUCAAAGACUAUUAUGUAAUUUAAAUAUCAUUUUAUCUCAAAUUAUGAAAUCCUGAAAUAACUAUUAAUCAUUAAUUAAAAUAAUAAUUUUUAAUUAAUAAUUAAAAACCAGUAAUCAUCUUAAGUGUAGUGUAACUAUAAAUUAGGGUUGCAAAUUUUGCAUAUUUUUCUCAACGAAUCAUUGACAAGUUAACAAUCAAUACUUGAUUAAUUAAUUAACAGAUUUCUAUUUUAACUUAACAACUAAUCUAGCCCGACAUAUAAAUAUGUAAGACAAAAUAAUGAAGCCCAAAUACUUUGAACAAACAGGAUAUUAAAUAAAUGAAUGAUUAAAUAAGUAGAUAAAUGAAUUAAUAAGUAAUUAAAAAAAAUGCUGUUAAAUAUAGUGAUCUUGUUUCUCUGAUCUCAUUCAAACAUGAUGCACCUACAAACAAUGUAUUGCACAUUGUGUAAAAUGCAUUUGUGAUUGCGCCCUCUUGUGGUGUAAAAGAUAUAUGAAGUGAGAUACAGAGAAAUAUUUCGCAAAACCAACACUUUUAAUCGGUUAAAAAACAGCAAUCAACCGAUUAAUGAAUAACAUCCCUACUAUAAAUGUAACAGUAUGUGAUAAAAAUACAAUAUUUUAUUCUUUAAUAAAUACAAAUUUUAACUGAUAGCGAUAGAUAAAACAUAAUUUUAUUAUUUUAUAACUCUUAGUGUUUUAUUCUUUACAAACUC